GACAGCAAGGCAUACACCAUGGCCUCGUCCGACGCUACUACAUUCUUCUCUAGAGCAGACAAGUACCUAAUGAGCACUGGAGUCCCCUACUCCCCCAUGAUAAUCACCAAAGCCCAAGGAACUCGCCUCUACGAUGCCAACAACCGCCAAAUCCUCGACUUCACAUCAGGCCAAAUGAGUUCUCUACUUGGCCACUCCCAUCCCGAAAUCGUCGAGGUCAUCCAGAAGCACGCCGUGGAACUCGACCAUCUUCUUAGUAACAUGAUAACGCAUCCUGUCGUCGACCUCGCUGAACGACUCGCGCGCUUCCUACCAUCUCCGCUUGAGAAGUCCUUCUUUCUCAACACGGGAUCUGAGUCCACGGAGGCAGCUAUCAAAAUGGCUAAAUGCUAUACCGGCAAUUUUGAGAUCGUCGCAUUCGCAGCCAGUUAUCACGGCCUAACCCAAGGCGCCGGAUCCGCAACAUACUCCACCGGUCGAAGAAAAGGCGGGCCCGCCAUGCCAGGCCAACUCGCCUUCCCAGCACCUUAUGCCUAUCGCUCUCUCUUCCGCAAAGCAGAUGGCUCGUAUGAUUGGGAAACAGAGCUAGAGUUUGGCUGGUCGAUGAUUGAUAGACAGAGCGUGGGGUCGCUGGCUGCGUUUAUCAUGGAGCCUAUCCUCUCUACUGGUGGCGUCCUAGACUUUCCACCUGGGUAUCUUCAGCAUAUGAGUCUUGAAUGCAAGAAGCGCGGUAUGUUACUUAUCAUGGACGAGGCACAGACUGGGGUUGGCCGUACGGGGCAGAUGUUUGCGUUUGAGCAUGAGGAUGUUGUUCCGGAUAUCCUGGCCUUAUCCAAGACCCUGGGAUGUGGGCUGCCGCUUGCUUCUGUCAGCACUACCGCAGAGAUCGAGCGUGGUUGCAAAGAGGCCGGAUUCUUAUGGCUCACAACCCAUCUCAAUGAUCCCCUGACUGCGGCGGUAGGGAACAAAGUUCUGGAAAUUGUGGAGCGAGAUCAUAUUUGCGAGCGAGCCACAGAGCGCGGAGGCCAAUUACGCUGUGGUCUCUUGAAGCUUCAAGAGAAGCACUGGUGCAUUGGCGACGUGCGAGGCCGGGGUCUAUUGCAAGGUAUCGAGAUCAUCUCUGACCCGGAGACCAGGGCUCCUGGACCAGAACUUGGACAGGCGGUUUCAGAGCAGGCUAUGGCGAGAGGUCUCUCUUGUAAUAUUGUUAAUCUGCCUGGUAUGGGUGAUGUUUUUCGUCUGGCGCCGCCGGUUACUGUUUCUGCGGAGGAGAUUGAGGAGGGUUUGGGGAUAUUGGAUGAGGCUUUUGCACACGUUCUGAGUGCGACGACUACUUAG